AUGCCUCAGGAGGUGGUAAAUAUAUUAACAAAUGAGGCUAAAGUCGCACCUGAGUUCCACAGUUCCGGGAUCAAACUGGAGAGAAUCUCGAGUGGCAUUUCACUUACAAUUCCUCAUAUGAAAAUCAGUGAUGAAGGAAUAAUCAUUUACACUCAUCACAACAGCAGCCAUCAGUGUGAGAUCAGCUCUUCUCCACACAGCUGUGUGUACAACUUCUCCAAGAGUGUCCUCAGCCUCUCUGAUACUGGCACUUACUACUGCGCUGUGGCCACCUGUGGCAAGAUCCUUCUUGGAAAUGGGACGACAGUAGAUUUGACCAAGACUGUGAGUCCUGCAGUGAUCUGGCUGGGAGCAGCUUUGGGAGCUUGUGUAAUUGUGAUCUUUGUUCAAGCCAUUUUAAUUUGUAAAUGGAGAAAUUGUCGACCCAGCAGUGAGAAACAAAGCACUGCUACAGUGAGAAAAAUCAAUCAGGACCAUGAUAGUGUGGAGCUGAGUUAUGCUGCCCUGCGUUUUAACAAGAGGAAAACUGGAAGAAAUCACAGGGAGAAAGAACAGACUCAAGACUGCAUGUACUCUGACAUCAGAUGUCCUACUGUUACUGACCAAAUCUUAUUUGAUUAAAUCUCUUUGCCCUGCUGAUGAGCAUAAUUUACAAAUUUAGCAAGUACUGCCUUUACACAGCACCAGUUCUGCUUCACAGUGUGUAAAAUGUUUUAAUUUUUAUUUGGGAAAAUAUUGACUAGAAAUAUUUAAAUCCCAUGCAUAGUCUCCGUCCACGUCUAUAAUUUGAUAAUUUGGUUGUUUAAUAUGCAGACAUCAAUGACAUGCACAUGCAUUCCUUUCCUUAAUCAACACAGGCUUUUGCAAUCACAGUGUUCAGCACAAACAGACUGAGAGUCGGUGCUGGAUUCUUAAAUAUGAAGCUCUAUUUGCUGGUAGUGAGAUGAUGGUAAAGUGAUAAUGUGACUGCUUACACAUGCCCGAGCAUUCAGUGAGCUUAAGCUAAUGAUGUGCUCUUAUCUGUGCUUCUGAUCCUUCUGCACACUCUACUGAAAAAUGUAUGUACAGAUAUAAGGGGCAAAUGACUGAUCCUAAGAAAUGUAAAUGUAGGAUCCAAAAAUCAAAUUGUGCUCUGUUUAUGACAAUCUCACCCUGAGGCCACACUA